GAAAAAGCACCACCUACGUUUCUUACUGUUUGUCUCCUGUCCUGACAUUGUGCUUGUCACGGCGAAUUGGGAAAACGAACAUACUUCUGAGACCCACUAUUAUAUAUCAAACUUCGGCAGCUUUAGCAGUACAAUGGAACAAUCGUGUAUUAUGGGUAAAAAAAACCAUCCUUAACAAGUCGCGUGGGACUGAAAUGAUCUCGAAAAGUAAAUUGCCUGAUAAAGUGAAGAGCUUUUGGUGGACUCACCAUAGAUUUAUGUAGAAUAGCGGAGAUAUUUGCGUAUUAAAAGUAUAAAUCCAUAAAGCCGUUAGUUGGGAGUUUGGUAAGACACCGUUUGAUUGCUCUUUGUAGCCUCUGGCUAACAAGUCAUAAAAUGCAAAUGAGACAACACAUCGUCAGCUCGUUUAUUUAAUAUCGGCAGAUUGGGAGCGUUCCAAGGCUGGCACACGCGGAGGUAAAGGAAAUUUCUACGGCAUUUAAGCCAGCUAUGCCGUAUUCUCAUUUUCUGAGUAUGACCUAUUAGGUUAGUGUUGUGAUUCAAUUCCAG